ACUAACUUAAAGGUCACAUCAAUACACACGCAAGCCCGGAUGCUAACGUUGAAAAAUUGCGCGAUGUAUUCCGAGUGUAUUCCGAAUGGAGUAAAGAUGUAAACAUUCCCCAUUAUAAAUCUCCGUAAGGAAUCUGUUUUCAUUCCUGUGAAUUGAGUGACAGUUGAUAAUGUGUCAAUGAAAUUAUCUUGGAAAUUAUCCCUUUCAACUAUUUUAAGUGUACUUCUUUCACAGAUGGCAUUAUCUGAAUCACAAAUUCCACCCGACGGCCAGCAUUACUUGGUGUGUGGCACUGAAGACUGUAAGAAGAACUGCCAGUUUUACUGCAAUGACUGUCACCAACCAAUGUGUGAACAAUGCCAAGAUAAACAUCAGAAAAAUGAGAAAACCAAGAACCAUGAAGUGGUUCCUUAUAAACAACGCAAACGACAACUUCCUGUAGAGAAAUGCAAGAUCCACCCCACGAAAGAAAUGGUUAUUCUCUGCGAGGAAUGUCAAAUACCACUUUGUUACAAAUGUACAACCACAAAAGAACAUCGCGGUCAUGUGUUUACCGAUCUAGAAAUGGUCUUUGAUGAAAAGGUUUCGCUAUGUCAAGAAGAAAUUGCCAAAAUUAGAAAUUAUUUCGAACCAACUUCUCAAGAUUUGAAAAAGGAUAUUGCUGGUGAUGUCAAAGAAAUAAAGAAGAUCAUGGAAGGUUUAAAAACAUCAAUGAAGGCUGAAGCUGAGGCUGUGAAAAAGCUGGUAGACACAGUCACAUCAGAUAAAAUAGAACGAGUCAACAAAAUAGAACAGUCAUUAUUAGAAACAUUAUACGGCCAAAACCAAGAUAUUGAUGAUUAUAUCAACUAUCUCAAUGAUUUAAUCAAAACAUUUUACAGUUACCUAUCCCCUUCAAACAUAGAACAAUUAACAUUUGCUCUCAAUUCAGAAAAUCUUAUCAUAAGGCCCAUACCAGAGACAUCCACACCUGUCCCACCCGUAUUUACUGCUGGUCAAUAUAGCAAGGAAGAUGUCGCCAAACUACUGGGUAAAAUAAUUGUUCCUAAUAUUAAACCAGAGAACAGAAAAAUAAAGCCCAUGGAGACUGCCUCUACACAGUUGAAACCUACAGGGAAACAGAGAAAACAAGACAGAGAGAAAUAUGACAUGAAACAAACACUGUGUCUGUCUUCCUCUGUCACCAAGGUCAGAGAGUACACAGUAUCAGGUGUUCCCAGUGUAUUUCAGAUAUCACUGGGUAAAUCAGGCAGACUCUGGGCCAGUGAUGAAGUUGGUAACCUUGUCCAAACAGAUCUACAGGGGAAUCAGCUAAAGAAGAUAAAAACCAGACGUGGAUAUGGCUACCACACAGUCACACAGGACGGGGAUCUGAUCUAUACAGACACAGACAACAAAGUCAUUAAAAGGAUAACACCAAAUAAUACAAUCACUGGAUUCAUUAAAACAGGAAACUGGAGACCAGUCAGUAUACACUCCUCCCACAUCAACGGGGACAUACUUGUGGGGAUGAUGAAGGAUAAAGAGGCUAAAGUCACCAGGUACAACAAGACAGGGAAAGAAAUACAGAACAUACAGAGAGACAACAAAAGACAGGGACUGUAUGGUGAUCCACACUACAUCACAGAAAACAUCAAUGGUGAUGUCUGUGUAUCAGACUAUAACAAACAUGAUGUAGUGGUGGUGUAUAAAUCAGGACAACACAGGUUCUUCUACACAGGUCAGGGGUCAGAGUUUAAUCCCUAUGGAAUAUGUACUGAUGUACUCGGUCACAUCUUGGUGAGUGAUGAUAUCAGUAAAACAGUUCAUCUUCUGGAUCAGGACGGUCAGUUCUUGUCUUUACUACUCACAGAACAACAAGAGGUAAAGUACCCCCGUAGUGUGUGUGUGGAUGAUGAGAACAAUCUCUGGGUGGGACAAUGGUUGAGUAACACAGUGACAGUGUACAAGUAUCUACAGUGAACAUUACAUAUCCAUAAGAUAAUUUCAUCUAUGUAUUAUGUGUAUGUUGUAAGACGAUGUAACAACAACACAGUGAUAGUGUACAAUGACUGGUAUCUACAGUGUACGUUGGAGUACAUAUCAUUCAUGUAAACAUGUGUAUGUUAAUUUGUAAAUAUAUAGAAUAAUUUCAUUGCUGAAGAGUUAACUAUUAAAUAUACAGGUACUAACA